AUGGCUCCGGCGACGGCGGACGCGGCGGGGGUUGGGGCGGGGCCGGCGGUGGGGAGGGUGAAGACGGCGCUCGGGGUGGCGGCGUGCGAGCGGGACGCGGAGAAGCUGGAGCUGAUCGAGCAGCUGACCAAGGGGUUCGACGACGAGCAGCAGAGGGUGCUGGCGGCGAUCCUGGCGCGGAACAACGGCGCCGAGUACCUCCGCCGGCACGGCAUGGAGGGCUGCACCGACCGCGACGCCUUCAAGGCCCGCGUCCCCGUGGUGACCUACGAGGACCUCCGCCCGGAGAUCGAGCGCAUCGCCAACGGCGACCGCUCCAACAUCAUCUCCUCCCACCCCAUCUCCGAGUUCUUGACCAGCUCGGGGACGUCAGCCGGGGAGAGGAAGCUAAUGCCGACCAUCGAGGAUGAGCUGGACAGGAGGCAGAUGCUCUACAGCCUCCUCAUGCCCGUCAUGAACCUGUUCGUCCCGGGGCUGGACAAGGGCAAGGGGCUCUACUUCCUCUUCAUCAAGUCGGAGACCAAGACGCCCGGCGGGCUGCCGGCGAGGCCAGUGCUGACCAGCUACUACAAGAGCGACCACUUCAAGUACCGCCCGUUCGACGCGUACCAGGUGUACACCAGCCCCACGCCGGCCAUCCUCUGCACCGACUCCUUCCAGUCCAUGUACUCGCAGAUGCUGUGCGGCCUGCUGGUGCGCACCGAGGUGCUCCGCGUCGGCGCCGUCUUCGCGUCCGGCUUGCUCCGUGCCAUCCGCUUCCUGCAGCUCCACUGGAAGGAGCUGGCCCGCGACAUCGAGACCGGCACGCUCAGCGCCAAGGUGGUGGAGCCGUCCAUCCGCGCCGCCGUGGCCGAGGUCCUCGAGCCCAACCCGGACCUCGCGGCGUUCGUGGCGGCGGAGUGCGCCAAGGACAACUGGGAGGGGAUCAUCACCAGGAUGUGGCCCAACACCAAGUACCUGGACGUGAUCGUGACGGGGGCCAUGGCGCAGUACAUCCCCACGCUCAAGUUCUACAGCGGCGGGCUCCCAAUGGCGUGCACCAUGUACGCCUCCUCGGAGUGCUACUUCGGGCUGAACCUCCGCCCGAUGUGCGACCCGUCGGAGGUCUCCUACACGAUCAUGCCCAACAUGGGGUACUUCGAGCUGAUGCCGCACGACCCGGAGGCGCCGGCGGUGUCCAUGGACGACCCGCCGCCGCGCCUCGUGGACCUCGCCGACGCGGAGGUCGGCAAGGAGUACGAGCUGGUGAUCACGACGUACGCCGGGCUGUGCCGGUACCGCGUGGGCGACAUCCUGCAGGUGACCGGGUUCCACAACGCGGCGCCGCAGUUCAGGUUCGUGCGGCGCAAGAACGUGCUCCUCAGCAUCGACUCGGACAAGACGGACGAGGCGGAGCUGCAGGCGGCGGUGGAGCGCGCGGCGAGGCUGCUGGCGCCCUACGGGGCCAGCAUCGUGGAGUACACGAGCGAGGCGGACGCGACGACCAUCCCGGGGCACUACGUGGUGUACUGGGAGCUGAUGCUCAAGGACUGCCGCGAGGGGCUGUGGCCGGAGGCGGCGGUGUUCGAGCGGUGCUGCCUGGAGAUGGAGGAGGCGCUCAACUCGGUAUACCGGCAGGGGCGGAACGGCGACGCCAUCGGGCCGCUGGAGAUCAGGGUGGUGCGGGGUGGCACCUUCGAGGAGGUGAUGGACUACGCCAUCUCCCGGGGCGCCUCCAUCAACCAGUACAAGGCGCCACGGUGCGUCUCCUUCGGCCCCAUCAUCGAGCUGCUCAACUCCAGGGUGCUCUCCAAGCACUUCAGCCCCGCCUGCCCCAAGUACGGAUCGGUCGACGGAUUAUGGCGUCGAUCGAUCCGUCCGUCCGUCCGUCCAUGCCAUUCAGCUAGCAUACAUACACUACUUUGCUGCUGCUACUAG